AUGGAUUUGAGCUCCAGGAUGGAGGCCGAGAAGGAGCUCGGGCGCAUGGGAGCCGAGCAGCUGCGACGAGAACAAAUGGCGAUCACAUACGAUCUGGAGCGGCUACAGGCUCAAAUCGGAGAUCUUGCCUUCAACAAUUACCGCACAUACGCCAACGCAAGCCGCACGACCCAGCAAUGCCAGCAAACGUUUUCCGAGAUCAACGGGAUACUCGGGGAUAUGGGAAAGCAACUACCAAAUGUUGGAAAAGAGUUUCGCAAUUUCAUCGAGGUGUCAAAGCAAACGCGCCGGGAAUGUGAACUGCUUGAAUCGGCAUCUGCAGUGGAUUGGCCCACAAAGAAAAUUUUGGAGAUGCCAGAGUUGAUGGAUUUGUGCAUUCGCACCGGCUCGUAUGACGCGGCUUAUGCGUUGACGAACUUUGGUAUUGGCCUCCAGCAAAGCCUGCUUACAAUGGCCGACGGCGCGUAUAAAACGUUGUUCACGGCUGUUGCUGAUCGGUUGAUCUCUGCUCGCUCAUUCCUCUUGGAGGAGCUCUUCAACAAGUUUGCCGGUCCGUUGGAUUUGUCGGAUUCGAUGCAGGUCGUAAAAAAUGUGCGCAAGAUUCCCUAUUUGACGAACCCGCAGCUGCGAGUAUCGGUGUUGCAGUAUCGCGAUAUUUACCUCGACAAACAGAUACUUGAUGCUUCGUCAAAUGCUGAAUUUACGCUCCAAGCAAUUGAGAUCUAUCGCACUUGCAUGUACGAUACGAUGGUCCUGUACAUGGCGGUUUUCCCGGAGAACGAGGUGGUUCGUCGUGACGCUAGCGUGGAUCCGCGUUGGGAAAACUGGCCAGCCAGCGGUCGUUCGGCAGUGCUGUCUGAAUGGGCCAUCCGAAAUGUGCAUCGCCUGCUAGAGCUGAUCGAGAGGGCUGACAUGAAGGCCCAAGUGGACAUGUCGGCAGUCUGGAACAAGUUGAUGGCGUUCGGCGCCUCGUUCGGGCGCAUGGGCCUUGAUUUUCGGCCAUUAAUCGUCGAUUCGAUGAUGAGCAUGGUGAAGAAGCGGUUCAGCAACGCCGUCAGGCACGUCACUCAAAAGCUGGUAAAUGAAGUGAAGCGUCUCGACGUCCACGGAGGUGACAGUACCUGGGGAGGGCCAAACGCACCAAAUGAAUCUACCGCUGGCCCACCACAACCAUCAGCCGAGCUGUCGAUGUGCGACGAUUUCGCCGUGUACGGCAACGGCAUCAUUGAGGCGUUGAAUAACCUUCGCUACUCCCUUAGCCCGGCAUUGCUACCGUUUGUGCUCCAGACCUUGCGAGAAUCGCUGUUGUCUGUGUUCUCCUGGCUGGCCGCGUACAAAACGUCAGCCCAUUUUGCGAGAGCUGUCCGCAUCUUGGCAGUCCAUCUCAUCGAUUUCCUCAAUAAGUGUAUCAUUUUCUACUUUCCGUAUUCGACGGUGCAGCGGUUGUACGGGUCCUCUUUCCCGCGUCACGAAUACGAGUCGGCAUGCGAUUUGAAUGUGCGAAAAUUACUGGAUGAGUGCGACGGUGGCGCUGGGAUGAAGGAGGUGUUGCGCGCCGAGCUUGAGCCCCCGAAGGUUGAAGACGAUGUUUUGGAGAGUCUGCUGGCGAAGCACGGCAACGGACCGCUCGAUAAUAAUAAUGACGGUGUUGUUACGAUUCCACUGGGAUCGGCUAUGAAUGGCAUUGAAGAGACAAACGCCCCUUCUGCACAAUCGACGCAGCAAUCCGCGAGUGUUGAGGAAACCCUGAAUUCGACGGCUUUGUCGGCUUCAGAAAGUUACGAAAGCUCGACGGCUUUAGCUGCUUCGGAAGGAUUUGGCGGAUCAACAGCUCUAACUGCUUCUCAAAGCGCUGAGGGAUCGACGGCUCUUUCUGCUUCGGACAGCUUUGCUGGGUCCACCGCACUGGCUGCUUCGGAAAGUGCGGAAGCAUCGACGGCUUUGUCGGCUUCAGAAAGCUUUGGAGGGUCUACAGCUCUAACUGCUUCGGAAAGUGCCGAAGGAUCUACUGCCCUGUCUGCUUCAGAAAAUACAGGAGGAGCACCAGCCUCUUCCACAUCGGACCACAGUCCCGUCGAAAUACUCUUCAGCACCGAGAGCACGCCCUCCGACCAUGUAUCCUCACCACCAACCGAUGACGUCCCCGCCAUCUACGAGGAAGAGGAUUAUAACGUCCAUCGCUUCCAAACGCUGUCCACGGUCCCGGAAGUGACCGAGCCGCACACCAUCUCACAACCAACGGCUUCACCGGGUGAUGCGAAGACGGAAUCUUUGGAUGGACCUCCUCUUUCCACGAUCAGCUCCCAUUUGAGCGAGGAAAUGAAUCAACCGUCGUCUUAUACCAGUAAUACCGAGUCUAUCAUCGAAGUACCCAGUGUUGAUUCGUUGGUCGUUGGACCGACACAGGCUUCAUCCCAGGCCGACACCGACGUCGAGGCAGUCUCACCGGUUCAACGAUUCGCAACUGAUUCUACGGCGAUUUCAGAGUUGGAGCCCGUGGUGUCGUCAGGCCAUUCCGAUGUUGUAGGAUUCGACACCGAUUCUACGCGCCUCUCCUCGAUGGAUGUUGCCAACACGACUGCGGCCAGCCUCUCGACCGCCGAUAUAUUUACGGAUCCUUUCGAGACCGCUCCCUCUAGCGCUCGUGGCGAAGACGUGAGAACGGCAGAAACUUACACUACGGCUAACUCGACUUCUUUGGAGCUCCUCGGACCCUCAAUCGCCAAUUCUGCAGCUCCCGAGCCCACGCAACCGACCGAGACCGAGGAAGAGCCGUCGAGCCAGGGCUGGGGAUGGGGUGAUGAAGAAGCGGACGACGUCGAGUCAUCUGAUGUAGCCACCGCUGCCGAGGUGGAAAUUUCAAGCGAGGAGGAAGAACCUGCUCCAGCCGUCCCUGUGCCCAAGAAGAAGGGCGGCAAGGCUGAC